AUGUCUACGGCGACGAGACCGGUGGCUGGAAAUGGCUUGCCGGAGAAAGCGGCAGCGGCUCUGGUCAAUUCCUUCCGAUUGGCGUCGGUCACGCAACGCUUACGUUAUCACAUUCAACCCGGAGCUAAGUGUGACACUAAGGAGUUCCAGAUCUGCUGCAUCUCUCUCGCUAAAGGCAUUGAUUUUGCAAUAGCGAAUAGUGAAAUUCCAAAGAAGCUUGAAGAGCUUCCCUCGUUGCUGAAACAGGUGAGCCAACAUAAAACUGAUGUGUACACCAAGACGGCGGUUAUGGUGCUGCUGAUCUCAGUUAAGCAUGCUUGUCAACUGGGAUGGUUUUCGGAGAGUGAAAGACAAGAACUUACCGCUCUUGCUGAUGAGAUGAAGAAUAGUUUUGGGAGCUCCGGAAACACUAGCCCUGGUGUUAAAAGUCCCGGUGGUACGUUAUCGCAGAUCAUUGAGAGGUUCUAUCCAUUUGUAAAGCUUGGGCAUGUUCUUGUUUCUCUUGAAGUGAAGACUGGCUAUACAAUGAUGGCGCAUGAUUUCCAUAUCUCAAAGAAGAUGCCGCAUUCUCUCCAAGAGAGAAUUCUGUUAUUUGUUGUCCAGACAGACAACAUAGACACAUCUGCCUGUAUUACAAAUCCUCCAGAAGUCAGCUUCUUGUUAAACGGGAAGAUGGUCGAGAAGAGAGUUAAUAUCACAAUGGAUACAGGGCCUCAACUCCCAUCAAAUGUUACUGCUAUUCUCAAAUACGGAACGAACCUCUUACAAGUGAUGGGGAAUUGCAAGGGUCAUUACAUCAUCGUAAUUGCUUUUACGGGAGUGAUACUGCCACCUGCAAAACCAGUGCUGAAAGAUUACCUUCAGUCCGAAGUCAUUGAGUCAAAUCCAGAUUCUGACGUCAUCGAGGGGCCAUCACGAGUAUCUCUCAAAUGUCCUAUAAGUCGCAGCCGGAUCAGGCUUCCAGUCAAGGGCCAGUUGUGUAAACAUCUUCAGUGUUUUGAUUUCUGGAACUAUUACCACAUAAACAUGAGAAACCCAUCCUGGCGCUGCCCACAUUGCAAUCAAUCUGUUUGCUACCCAGAGAUCCGUUUAGAUCAAAAUAUGGUCAAGAUAUUGAAAGAUGCGGGACAGAAUGCUGUUGAUGUGAUCAUCGAGGCUAGUGGCACAUGGAAAGUUGCAAAGGAAAGUAAUGCGGCUGAGGAACCUGUGCGUGAUGUUAUCAUUCAUGAUCUUGAAGAUCCGGAUAGCUUCUUAAACUCUGGUCCGGUUGUUUUGGAUCUUACCGGGGAUGAUGAUGACGACGCUGAAAUGGAGCUAUUUGGUGACACCACCAAGGUUGUGGACCGAAAGCCCAGCUUGUUAGAUGCUCAGGGUCAAUCCAAUAACAACAACGCAAGCAAAGAUGCUUCAGACGAAGAUUACAGUUCUUUGUUUAAUAUUUCUGAUGUGAUUUCACUCGAUCAGGAGAUCAUAGAUCAAGAGUACCCAAACUUAACCCAGUUAACAAUGCCCCAAGAUCCAAUCUCACAGACGCCAUCCCCAAGAGAUAGACCAGCGCCUAUUUCCACAGUUUUCACUGUACCGAAUCCACCUCCUCAGUUGUCUCAGGCUCAUGUUUUGCCUGUUACGUCCAGCGGAACAUCAUAUCUUGGUAGAACCUCUAAUCAGAGAUGGAAUACAUCUCAAGCGCCAUCAAUGACACCUUCAUUACAGAGCCGGAGGCAUCCAGUUCCAGUUACGAGCCAGUCUCCUGCGAAUGUAUCGUCUCCGCACAUCCCUAGAGUACUCGCUGGCCAGCCUAGCAGUUACUUGAAGCGAAGUCUAAACAGUAACCAUGUAAGCUCUCAAAGGCAGCGCCCAAGUAGCCCCCCUGUUCAGUCCGUCAGUCGAACCAGUGACCUAAUGGAUGUGGACUCGACUACUCCUGAUACAACCAACUGGCUCCCGAGGAUGCGAGGCAGUCUUACGCCCGGAUCAUAUUCCCCUGCUCUUGACCACAUGAUCAUCCGACCUACCCAACAGUCUCAAACUAGGCUCCACGGUUCACAACCGGCUCAGACACCACCGGUUCAAACAUCUCAGCCGCCGUUUUCAACCGCCCCUCCCAACGUCACGAGGCCUUCUGGACCCACAGCACCAUGGAGAACUUGA